UAUGGAAAUUUCUGGUGACCAGAAACCUGAAAAUUUAGGUAGAGCGUUCCCUAGAAUUUCCUGGCCGCCUAGAAUUCCUUUUCAUCAUUCCCCAUAUAGACAACAUGAAAGAAAUACAAACGGCAAGAAAAGAUCUAUUUACAGGAAAACAAUUGAUUACAAUGCUUCUAUGGCUGUGUAUUUGGAAAAUCGAAUCUGGCAAAGAGAUAAAAGAGAUUGUCAUAUUAUUCAACCUGACAAAUUAUACUCUCCAAGCCUAACCCCAGCAAUAGAUAUGCCCCAUAAGCCUAUGAAUGCAGUCUGUACAAAGUUUAUACGACAGUCUACAAAUAAAAGCAAAUGUCCAAUUUUUCGCGUUGUGUGGACACCCGAAGGGAGAAGAUUAAUUACAGGUGGAUCCAGUGGGGAAUUUACACUCUGGAACGGUCUUACAUUCAACUUUGAAACUAUAUUACAAGCUCACGAUUCCGCUGUCAGAGCAAUGAUAUGGAGUCAUAACGAUCAAUGGAUGGUUACAGCUGACCACAAUGGAUUUAUUAAAUAUUGGCAAAGUAAUAUGAAUAAUAUUAAAGUUUACCAAGCUCAUAAGGAAUCUGUUCGCGGCUUAUCAUUUUGCCCAUCAAACGCAAAAUUUGCCACAGCUUCUGAUGACGGUACUGUUAGAAUCUAUGACUUUGUCAGGUGUCAUGAAGAACGUAUUUUAAGAGGUCAUGGUGCUGAUGUGAAGUGUGUAGAUUGGCAUCCUCAAAAGAGUCUAAUAGCUUCCGGCUCAAAAGAUGCUCAACAACCAAUCAAACUAUGGGAUCCAAGAAAUGGAAACGCCCUAGCAACAGUACAUGCCCAUAAGAAUACUGUUAUGCAAUUACAAUGGAACAAAAACGGAAAUUGGCUUCUAACCGCAUCGAAAGAUCACUUAUUAAAAAUUUAUGAUUUGCGCAACAUGAAACAAGAACUUCAAGUGUUUAAAGGACAUAAGAAAGAAGCUACGGCAUGCUCUUGGAAUCCAAUACAUGAAAAUCUUUUUGCUAGUGCUGGUUCUGAUGGAUCAAUUUUUUAUUGGAUGGCCGGACAAGAAAGAGAAGUUGGCUCAAUGGCAGAAGCGCACGAAGGAAUGAUUUGGACGCUCUCCUGGCAUCCUUUAGGUCAUAUACUGGCUUCAGGAUCAAACGAUCAUUCAACGAAAUUUUGGUCCAGAAAUCGGCCGGGUGAUUUAAUGAGGGACAAGUACAAUUUGAAUACUUUACCAAUUGGUGUUUCGGAAGAUACUGAUGAUUUAGAAGCAAGUUAUCAAGUUGUACCAGGUCUGGGAUUAGAUCAAUCGACAGUUGACCAAAUAAAUCAAGGCAUAGAAGAAGACGAUAAUGUUAUGAAAGAGGCUACAAAUCCUGGAGUAGCUAUACCAGGUCUCGAUUUUGACGAUAUUAAUUCAGACAAUACGGAAGCAGCUAAUGCUAAUAUGUUGCAAAAACGUAAACAACCAUACGUCAAGCCUAUUCCCAAAGACUUUCAACGAUCAUGGAUGGAUAAUGGACCUGCUAUGAAUCAAGUUGGCCUCCUUUCUCAUAUUGAACAUUCUUGGGGAAUGGACAAUGGCAGUUACAAUGGAGGAAUGCCUCAUAUCCCGAUGAAUAAUUAUCAAGAUCAUGUCAGUUCUAAGCCAGCACUGUUACCAAGACCAGAUUUACCUCCAGCCCCUGGCGACUGGAUGAAUGAUUGGCGAGACGGUCCAUCGUCUUCGAAUAUGAUGAUAAAUAGCUAUGGUCCUCGUGACGAAGAAGAGGAGCGAAUGAUCGUUGAAGAUCGAAUAAGGGUAGAAGAAAGAAUAAGAAUGGGGGAGAGAAUGAGGAACGAUAUAUUAGAUCGAAGGGAAAGUGAACAAAAUCCAAGAAGAAAAGGUCGGGGUGGAUCGAGGGGUAGACGACCGCCUUCUCGGGGCGGUAGAGCAUCAAGAAGAGGUCGAAAUCGUCAGGCUGGUUGCCAAAUUGGAAAUGCUUGUUGGGAAUUGUAUUGUUUAGAGCACGGCAUUCAAGCAAAUGGAUCUAUGAGUCCUGAAUGGGAAUCGUCUGUCGAUAACAGUUUUCAAUCAUUUUUUAGAGAAACCGGAUCAGGAAAAUUUGUUCCUAGAUCUAUAUUUUUAGAUUUAGAACCAACUGUUAUUGAUGAAGUUAAAACUGGUGUUUACAAAACUCUUUUUCAUCCUGAUUUUAUGAUAACUGGGAGGGAAGAUGCUGCUAAUAAUUAUGCGAGAGGGGCUUAUAAUAUUGACUAUAAUAAUACAUUAGACGAGUUUGAAGAUGCGAUUAGAAGGCAAACUGAAGCUUGUGCAGGAUUAGAAGGUUUCUUCAUAUUUCACUCUUUCGGGGGUGGUACCGGAAGUGGCUUUAACAACAGAAUAUGUCAAUCGUUAAGUGAAACUUUUGCUAAAAAGAAUAAAUUUGCAUUUUCAAUUUAUCCAGCCCCUCAAAUUUCAACAGCAAUCGUUGAACCUUAUAAUGCUGUUUUAUGUACUCAUCCAGCACUUGAACUAAUUGAUUGUGAAUUUUUGUUUGACAAUCAAGCAAUUUAUGAAAUAUGCGAUAGGUUCUUAAAUGUCACAAGACCUACUUACACUAAUUUGAAUCGUUUAAUAUCUCAAGUAGUCUCCAGCAUUACCACCUCUCUAAGAUUCGAAGGUUCAAUUAAUGUUGAUCUGACAGAAUUUCAAACUAAUCUUGUUCCUUAUCCCCGAAUCCAUUUUCCAUUGACUGCAUACGCUCCAAUAAGACCAGUUGAAAAGGCAUAUCAUGAGCGACUUACUACUUCAGAACUGACUAAGUCUGUUUUUGAUCCUCUCCAUCAGAUGGUUAAAUGCGAUCCCAGAAUUGGAAAUAUCAAACAAAGUAGAAAUGUCAAGUUUGUAGAUUUUGUACCAACUGGAAUAAAAGUAGGCCUAAAUUAUCAACCGCCUGCUGUUGUGCCAGGAGGAGACUUGGCAAAAGUUAUGAGAGCUGUCUGCAUGUUGUCAAAUACAACGGCAAUGGCUUCAGCGUGGGGAAGACUAAAUACAAAAUUUGAUCUUAUGUAUAGAAAGAGGGCAUUUGUGCAUUGGUACGUUGGCGAAGGUAUGGAUGAAGGUGAAUUUUGGGAAGCUCGAGAAGAUCUAGCAGCACUUGAAAAGGAUUACGAAGAAGUUGGCUUAGAUACAAAUAUUAACAGUCCAUCAAUAGAAAGAAACGAAGAAACGGUAUAG